CACGGCUCACUUGACGGCGGAGGCAGGAGACAUGGACUACUAUGAGACAGAAGAGGACUCGGCACUUACCACGUUCAACGUCGAGGAGGCGAAAGAAAUCAUCCGAUCGGCGGUGGAGGGAGUCGUUGGAGGAAACGUGUACCAGCACAGCAGAGUGAAGCAGUGGAACUCCAGCGUCAUCGAGCAGUGCCUCAGUCAGCUGAACAAGCUGGGAAAGCCCUUCAAAUACAUCGUAAACUGCAUCAUCAUGCAGAAGACCGGAGCAGGUCUGCAGACAGCCUGUGCCUGCUUCUGGGACAACUCCACCGACGGAUGCUGUGCGGUGAAAUGGGAGAACGAGUCCAUGCACUGUAUCGUCAAUGUGUUUGGAAUGGCCAUCUGAAGCUACAACGCCCAGCGUUUGCAGGAAUUUCUCUUUUUUCACUUUCAGGACCCAGCGUGCAGAGUCUGACCGUGCUGGCUACGUCUGAUUACAACGCUAUGUUUGUUUGUUAAGUGCAAUUAACUAAAACCCAACUACGCUGUA